AUGACCGAGUGCGCCUCUCCGUCGCGCCUCGCCCUGGCGGCUGCCGAGGCCGAAGGCAUUGCUCUCGAGAUUCACUGCGGCUCGCUCUCGGGCUACCGCGGCGUUUACCGCCGCCUCUCCGACGGCCGCUUCUCCGCCUAUUGCGUCCGGGCAGGCAGCCUCGUCUUCCUCGGGCGCUUUGGCACGGCAGUGGAGGCGGCGCUCUGCUAUGCGCGCGGGAAGCGUGCUGGCGCGUUGGCGUCGGCAGAAGGGCUGACGUUCGAGCGGGCGAGCAGCGCAACCGGCUUCAAGAGCGUCAACCGAGUGUGGCAAAAAUUCCAGGUGCGGGCGACUCGCAGCAAGAACGAGAUUCGCUUCUCCGGCCUCGGCUCCGCCGAGUUGCGGCGAGCGGAGCACGCCGCGAUGAGAGUGGCUCGCAUCGCGCUGACGGCGCAGCUGCUGUGCGAAAAGUCGGUCCGUGAGGCGGAGCUGGCGGCGCUGCAGCGGUCGCUCGACGAGCUGCGGAGGAGGUACAAGCUGCUGGCGCUGCGACUACACCCGGACAAGUGCUCGCUGCCCGCCGCCAAGGAGGCGUUCGGGCAAGUGCACGCCGCCUUUCGCCGGGCGGUGCUGCCAAGCGGCGAACCGGCGGCGUGUGCAGACGGCUGGACUCCGACGCGGCAGCCAGUCUUAUGGGCUCCUGUCGGCGAGGAGAACUUUGACUGCUGCGCGGCGGACGGCGGCACCGUGGCUGAUUCGGCCGAGGCGGUGGCCUUUGCGGACGCCCUGGAGAGCUGCAUCCGCGAGGCCGCCGAGGCGGUCUCUGCGAGCGUGCCUGCGUGGGCCGACCACUGCGAGUCGGUGUCCGCAAAGACUGCGCUGCAGCGGCGCGAGCUCGGCCGGACCCUGGACCCGCUCUUCGCCGCGCACGGGUACACAGCCGCCCUCUGGUGCAGCAUCUACUCGAGCGCUUGGCCGAUGGGCUGGACGGAUGGCAACUGGUACGACAUGUACCUCUGCCCGGCAGCUCGGGCGUGCUCGGGGCGCGAGGCGCUCGGGGAGGUCGAAGAGGCGGUCGGCUCGACCGGCACCGUCGAGGAGGGCGAGACGGCCCCCAUCCGGACCAUGUCGUGCGCCCUCUGCCGCCGGCUGCGGGCCCGGCUCGGCGAGGCGCCCUUCACCCUCGCGGACACCAUCCCGUCCCGCGAGCGGCCGGUGCCGGGCCGGUACCCGACGAGUCGGUACCAGCGGAUGGCGGCCGAGUAUGAGGCUCGCCUCGGGAGCCGCGGCUACUGGGACCGGUGGGUUGGGUGGGACCUGCACCCGUUCGGAGUCUGGCUCGCAGACGCGGUGUGGCCGGCGCAGCUCGAGGAGAGGAGGCUGUGGGAGGCCGAGGAGCGGAUCGCGCGGUACAGGCUCACCAACGGGGAGGUGAUGCACGGGUUCGUCUGGCAGUCCCUCGCGCUGCUCGCAGAGCGGGCGCCGCCCCGCGACCCGUCCGAGUGGGUCUUCACGGCGUGCGACCCGACCUGGCGGUGGCAGAACGAGGGCACCAACCGAGGCACGUGCGCGCACGGGGCCGGGCACGGGCUCUUCUACUACUACCGGCGCGGCGACUGCGGCUGGAGCUGCGCCGUCCGCGCCGCCCUGCCCGCCUGCUCGCGGGGGCCGCUGGGCGGGUGGGCCGCGGAGGGCAACUGGGCCGAGCUGUGCGAGGGCGGAGUCUUCCACUCUGCCUUCAACUCGCUGACUGCGCCGGACCUGCUCCGGCACGCGGCUCUGUCGCCCGCGUCCUCCCUCGCCGAGGCGGUCUGCGAGGCGGGCUGGCGCGGCUGCGCGGCCAACCUGGGCGCCGAGGAGGGCGAGGGGCGCUUCGCACUCGCAAAGGCGGGCUUCUGCGACGUCUCGGCGUGGACCUCGCGCAUCGCGCUCCUCGACCCAUCCCCCUCUCCUCUGCCGCCGCCGCCGCCGCCGCGGUCCCUCCCUUCCCCACCCGCGCGCUCACCGCCGCCGCCCUCGCCGCCGCCGCCUCCACAAGUGACGUGGCUCCCUGGCCUCGGGGCACCCGCCCACGAGGCUCACGAGGCCCUCUCCGGCGUGCCGGCCGAGCUCACCCGCCAGUUCUGGCAGCUGCCUCCGCCGCCAGCCGCCGCCCCGAUGAGAGGCGGUGGCGCUGGCGGUGGCGGCCCUCCGCUCGACUCGCUUGUGGGCGGCCACGGCGAGGAGGCGGCUCUCGCCCUCGUCCUCGCCCUCCUCCUCGCGUCGGCCGUGUGCGUCUGCCGCCUCGUCUGCCGCGGUGCAACGCCGGCGGCGGAGCAACGCGCGGCGCAGCGCCCGCAGAGCCAGGGGCGGCUCCCUGCCGCCGGCCGCCGCCUCCGCGCGGCCGUGAUGGGGAGAGGUGGUGGCGGUGGCGGGCGGGUCGCCCGGGCGGCUCCGGGAGGGCGGAAGCUGAAGUAUCUCCGCGCCGGCACCGGCGACGACGUCGACGACCGCGAGUCGUUCGUCACCGCGGUGGAGGACCCGUCGUACUUUGUGAGGUCCGUGUGA